AUGCUCACGUCAUAUCCCCCUGUUCCUUCAAAUUGGGACUUUACUCCAGUGCAUGACCUACUGCGGUCGCCCAUCGAGGGCUGCACAGCGAGACCUAGUCGCCACAAUGAAGCUACAGUCCCCUCGCUUGGUGAACAAGCAAAGGAUGACCCCCGUUACACCACUAAUGGUAGGCUCGUGGAUAUUGUUUCUCAGCGGAGUAACCCGAAGCUUGGUGACUUUGGUUCUCUUUGGGAGCUUUUCAACGGGAGCCCUGCUCCCGCGAGCGUCGCACCAACAUUAGGGACUAUAAAGACCACCAAGUCUGAGCUGGAGAAUUUUCAGCCAUCACUUGAAGAAAUGCUCUCUAGCUCGGCGGAAAGACCCACCAAAAAGGUUUCAUUCUCUGGCUUGUAUGGCAUUAAAACAUCCGUGCCCACUUCAUCCAACACCUCUCGCAUCACCAAUGAGCCAGUCUCUCAGGUCCUCAAAGACACCACCACUGGUUAUGUCUCCAAUUCUUCUUCUCGUCCAAACGCGCAUGCGACAGGUAUUCCUAUCGAUCUUGAGGGUCAAUCGUUCACUAUCUUGAGGCGGACCUUGGGCCAUGAGCCUUCUGGAACGAGUGCCAAUGUGGAAUUUGGUGCCCGUGGUCCAAAAACCCCUCCUGUGGUGAUUGUUAGACCUAGAGUUGGUGAUCCAAGUGAUACUCCCACAAAACCCAAGACUCGAUCUCAUGGAAAAGAUUUCCGAAAGAACACGCGCAAUAACCCAAUCACCUCCGAAGAAAGCGCUGGCCUAGACUCGGACACCAGUAUUGUGUUCGACCAUCCCGUUUCUGAGAAACCUGUGGCUUUUUCAUUUACCCCAUCUCAAGUCUAUGCGCCUGGGGCGAAGACUCACACUUAUGAUACCCCACCAUCAUCGUUUGACGAUAAUGACUGGAUACUGAAUGCCAACACCAUCCGAGGACAUGCUUCGAGCGGUACUGUGCGGUCUACCCUGCACCGACCGGCCGAGGAGCGAAGAGUCAUCUUGAUGACCAGACUCCUUGGCCACUUCCCUGCGUACGCAAAAAUUGUGUCUCAAGUGGGACUGGCUUCAGAUCAUCGUCCCAAUGAUGGCAUUGGCUCACGUCCCAUUCAUGUCUUUGUUGACAUGUCAAAUAUCAUGGUUGGAUUUCACGAUUCAGUAAAAACCUCGCGCAAUAUCCCUCUCUCAACCCGAAUCCGUCGUGUUCAUAUGUCCUUCGCUAACCUCGCAUUGAUCUUGGAACGCGGCCGCCAGGCCGCCAAGAGAGUCUUGGUCGGCUCGGAUCGCCUCCCAUCGGUUGACGAAGCCGAGAGACUCGGCUACGAAGUUAAUAUCCUUGAGCGUGUGCACAAAGUAAAGACCGUCACACCUCGUCGCAAUAGCAAGUCCCGGAAGAACCAUGGCUACAAUUCCCAGGGGUUAUCUAGCGGUCCUGAAACGGUCGCCGCCUCUGGGGAACGAUGGGUUGAGCAAGGGGUAGACGAAAUUCUGCACCUGAAGAUCCUGGAGAGCCUUUUGGACAUAGAGGAUGCUGCGACGAUUGUGUUGGCGACAGGGGAUGCGGCAGUGGCUGAGUUCUCUGGUGGAUUCAUGAGGAUGGUCGAGCGCGCGCUCCAGCGCGGCUGGAAUGUUGAACUUGUGAGCUUCUCGCAGGGCACUAGCUAUGCAUACCGGAAGAAGGAGUUUCGGACUCAGUGGGGAGACCGUUUCAAGCUGGUCGAACUGGACCGGUACGUGGAGGAACUGUUUGAGUGA